UUCUGUUCCUUCCCAAUUCCACCACAAGCCCCGCCACAACUGCAACCGCAGCACAUCCGCAGAUGGCAGCAGCAACUCUCACAGCAGCCACCGUCGUCGGCACCUUCCUCGGCCAAGCCCGGCCAUCAAAUGGCCACAACCCCCUCAGGGAUUUUGUCCCCAUGGGAAAAGGAAAGUUCACCAUGGGGAACGAUCUGUGGUACGGCCCGGACCGUGUCAAGUACCUGGGACCCUUCUCAGCUCAGACACCUUCCUACCUCACCGGAGAGUUCCCCGGCGACUACGGGUGGGACACGGCGGGGCUCUCCGCCGACCCGGAAGCCUUCGCCAAGAACCGCGCUCUGGAGGUGAUCCACGGGAGGUGGGCGAUGCUGGGGGCGCUGGGGUGCAUCACGCCGGAGGUGCUGCAGAAGUGGCUGCGGGUGGAGUUCAAGGAGCCGGUGUGGUUCAAGGCCGGAUCUCAGAUCUUCUCGGAGGGCGGCCUCGACUACCUGGGCAACCCCAACCUGGUGCACGCGCAGAGCAUCCUCGCCGUGCUGGGUUUCCAGGUCAUCCUCAUGGGGCUGGUGGAGGGCUACCGCAUCAACGGCAUCCCCGGCGUCGGCGAGGGCAAUGACCUCUACCCCGGCGGCACCUACUUCGACCCGCUGGGCCUCGCAGACGACCCCGUCGCCUUCGCGGAGCUGAAGGUGAAGGAGAUUAAGAACGGGCGGCUGGCCAUGUUCUCCAUGUUCGGAUUCUUCGUGCAGGCCAUCGUGACGGGAAAGGGGCCGCUGGAGAACCUGUUGGAUCAUCUGGACAAUCCGGUGGCCAACAAUGCCUGGGUUUACGCCACCAAGUUCGCGCCGGGCUCUUAAUUUCUACGCAUGCCUUGUACUUUAAUUCAACUGCCCCGCAAUCUGUCACUUGUAAGAAACAGAGGAUCUAGUUGCAAUUGUUGUAGAACAAUGUUCAUUGUAUUUAUCUUCUUCUUCUCUCGAUCA